GUUUUUGACAAUUGUCAAUUUUUUAUUGAGUUCUGAUAAAAUGCACUAAUAAUAUAUUAUCAAACAUAAUUAUAAUAAUGGCUGAAAUACUUAAAGAAUGGCUGACGGAGAGGCUGCAACGGCAGAUUGUGUGGAAAGCUGAAGAAUUUGGUAACAUGAUGAAAAAUGGACACAUCGUUGCAAGCGUUCUGCUCAGCUACAAUGUCAUAAAUGAGGAGAAACAUUACCUCAUCAGAUCUAGUAACGCCCCGAUAGACAUCGAUAACAACUGGAAAUAUUUACAGGAAUGGUUACGUGAACUAGAAAUCAAUUUGACCGCAACUGAUCUUGCGAAUGUGAAGGAAGGCAAAGGAACCGCUUUAUUAAGGCUUUUCUACCAACUGUUUCUUCAUUUGGAUAAAAUGGACCGUAUUGAUUUUAUCAAACGUGAAAGAAAAAUGGUUUCCAACUUGGUGAAAAAAAUGGAUACUAGAUUCAAAGUUGAUAAAAUUGAGGAAAAAGAAGAGCCUACCGUGGAUUUUUUGUCAAAACCUUUACUAAACGAGAAGCAUUUUAUUGAGUGGCAGAGAAAGAAAUCCGAAGAAAUAAAAGAGACCUUUGCAUAUUUACGUCAUAAAUAUGUUAAGACACUGCAGAAUAUAAAAGAAAAGAAGACGCCUUGUUAUUACCCCACAUCAAAAUCCAAAAAGCUUACUGAAAAAGACAAAAAAGAUAUGGAAAUAUUCUCAAAGAGAUUUCCUUGUGAAACCAAAAACUAUACAUACGAGGAACUUUUAGAAAUGGAAAAUAAGGCCGCUGAAGAAAGUAAAGCGCUGAUGGGUUCUGAAUGGGCUCAAAAUUACAUGGAAAAUCUCUAUACUAGGAUGCACAAAAAAGCUGACUCGGAGGAAUUCCAAAAACAAAUGACAAACGCGCUCAGCAGCGCAAUGUGGAACGAGACGAUCAAUGAAGAAGAAACUAACCUUGAUACUGAACUCGCUAAGAAGGUAUUGAAACUGUCGCAGUUUGAAAAACAAAUGUGUACACAAAUAAUGGAGACUAAGCAACAAGCUCGUAAUAUGUUUCAAAACAGGGUCAGGGCUGAAAAUGAGUUUGCCGAGCAAAGGAGAAAACAAUUUGAUCAGUAUCUUGACAAUAUCAAAGAGCAAAUUAAUUCGGCCCUAGACGAAAUAGGUUUUGAAAAAUCUCGACAAGAUAUGCUGCAUAAGAGACUAUAUGCAGAAAAAAUUAAAAGAAAACGACAACAUUAUUAUGAGAUAUGUUAUGAAACUAUGCUAUCAAUUGUUGAUUAUGCGACUAGGUAUGCUUAUUUCAAAAAACUUAUUGGUGAUGAUAUUCCAGAACACUACAUUCAUGAGUGGAAAAUGUUGUAUUUUAAAAAACAACCUAUUUUUGAGAUAUUAGAACCCACAGAAGAUCUUCUUAACGAACCUGCCCUUGAAGAGGAGGUGCUUCCAGAAGUUGAAGAAAUCAUAAGACUAGAAUUGGACAGGCAAGAGGCAAUGAACGAUUGCGAAUUCUUGGAGUAUCAUAAUUAUACUGGACCUUGGAAUUUGGACCAUUUGAUUCCUAAUUUUGACCCAGAAUCCGAGGAAAGAAAAUUUGAAUACCUCGGCACGCGUGUACUAGGUCACGUUGUGUAUACAUUAUUGGAAAUAAAAUACCCUUACCCGCCACCCAGACCUCCUGCCGAUCUGCCGCAGUUUACAUCUAAGGCUAUUUUGCGUAACCUACCUGACAGAGCCAUAACCACUGCAAUGCAAACAUUACUGGACUAUAGGCGUUUACAUGUAGUUCGAAUCGAGGCUGCUAUUAACUACUGUCUUAAACAAUUUAAGACUGAAAUGGUAGGGUGCACAGAUAUUGAACUAUCAUUCGAUAAAUUUCUCCUCGCUGCUCAAGAAGAGCCCGAGAAAGAGCUAAUCAAGUUAAUGAAAUCGGAUGAUGAAACAGCAAGUAAAAGUCUAGAACCUCUUCCAGUCAUUGGUUCUCCACCUCCUAACACUAAACAAACACAAACACCAAAGACAAUACCCGAGGAAGAAAUAGUAUUAUCUACGGCUGCGGAAUUAGGAAAAUAUGCCUACCAGGUUUUAAGCGGUGGUGACGCAUUAACGGAUUACUUGUUGGCCGCUAUGAUUGUGGAAUAUAUAAAAGCUCAAGGUGAUAUAAAGGGGUUUGUUAUAAUAAACUACCCUAAUUCAUAUAGAACAGCCCAAAUACUAGAAGAGGCGUUUUCCGGACGCGCUCCUCCAGGUGAAGAAAGCUUAGCAGAUAAAGAUGACAUUUACUUAGAGGAAGCCAUUGAAAACCACCGUAAAGUUGAAAAAGAUGAAUAUAAAGAGAUACGUAAAUCGAUGCUUGUAAAUAAUCCCCAUAAAAGAGAGAUUGAGAAACCAUUUGAAAGCUACUUUUCCUGUUAUAUACAAUUAAAAGAAACAGAAGAUAUUCUUCAAGAGCUCGUUAUUUGGGAUUUAACCGAAGAAAAUUCCGAGCUAAUAGAAAGAUUUUACUCCGUUUUAGGAAUUAAUUACAGCAUGUACUAUGAGUUAAUUGAAAAAGAUUUUUUGGCACAAAUCUGCAAAUACAUAAUAGGGGACUGUAUGACGUCUGUGACGUCAUACUCUGAUAUAUUAUUUGGUGAAAAUGUAUUAAGUAACCUUAAUUUUCCGUCUUCCACUGAUAAAAGAACAAAAUCAAAGAUUCUUAAGCCCGAGAUGGCGGGAGGCAAAUCAAAAGACCGAUUAGCAGGAAAAUCUAAAACGAAUCAAUCAAGACAGUCAAUAUCACAAUCAGGCCUGAACGUGGUCAAAGAUCCUUCUUCUGCAGACAUUUCGCAAGAAGAUACUUUAAUUGCGAUUGAAGCUGAAGAGGCUGAUGUAGAGUCUGAAAAUGAUGAAGUAGCGGAAGAAGUAAUAGUUUUGGCUGGUGAGGAAGACUGGGACUACGGUCAAAUACCUAUUUCACAAUCAAUUGGAGCAGCGUUAGCUACAUGUUGGGAAGAAGUUGAAAAAAUAUAUCUCAACGACAUGAAACAGCUAUUCUUUGCUAUUCGCCUGCAGAUGAAUAGUUUGGCGCUUUACGUCAGAUUCAUCAAAGAUAAGAUGACCCAAAUCAUCACAUUACCGUCAAAUAAACAGGAUUUAGUAAGCCAAUUUCAAAAGGAGUAUAAUGAAUUCGAAAGCGAUUGGAGAACCGUCGGUGUUACAAAAAAUGAAUGGCACUGCAGAGUGAAAGAUUUACAGAGUAAACUUUACCAUAUUUGCGAUGAAAGAAAAUUACACGCGGAACAAAAAAGACAUGCCCUUAUUGUGGAUAAUUGGGCAAUGGAAGAGCUUACUGCGAUGGCUAAUUCGUACAUCUCAUGUAUGCAAGCGGAAGUAAAUAGGUCAAUAUUAUCCUUCCAAGCUCUUCAUGACUUCUACUUUGCUCAACUCAAAAAAUUGCCUCCGAACGAUCGGCUGACAAGCAAAGAGUUAACUAAAAUAAGUUAUGACCUAUCGGAUGAAGCCGAUUCCGCAGUAACCAAGAAAUCCGGUGGAGAAGACAAAGUUUUCAGACAGUUAAGAACAACAUUUCUUGACCUACAGAUAAAAAAUAUCCAAAUUGAUUAUAGUAACAAUCCGUUUAAUAUUAUCUUGGACAAUAAUGCCAAGUUUGCGUUAAAAGUGAUCAAAGAUACAAAUGAUUCUUACCGCUCUCUCAUUAGUAGGGAAUAUACCGAAGUUGCUAAGCUAGCGUCAGCUCCUAAGAAAAAAGAAGAUUUAGCUUCCGACCAGUCAAUAACAUCAGAGGAUAUAUUCAAGGCUAAUGUACUAAAAUGUAUUGAUGAAUGGACAAUGGGUAUUAAUGGAGAAAUGUACAGAGCCAGCUUACGCAUACUAGCCCUCCAGUAUAAAUGCUACCAGGACAUGAAAUUAUUCAAUGAUAUAAUUUACAAAACGUUUAUGCUAGUGCAAAACGAAAUCAAUACAUAUUAUUUGAACGAAAUUGAAUCCGUAGAUCGCCUUUGUAAAUAUCUUCAACUAGCUGUUGAAGAUAGUCGACGAAUUCCAGAAAGUCUUAUUUUGGAGAAUGACACAUUCAUUAUUGAUCCUAAUCUUCUGCAGUUUCCACCAACGGCACCGCCUGCUGAGCCUCCAAUUGAUGACUACGUGUCUGACAUGGAAUUUAAAGUAGCUCAAUUGGAGCGUUUGAGGUCUCAAUUCAAGAUUGUCGCCCCAUCAGGAAUUGCACUACAGCAGGCAUUUAUAUAUCUUUUACAAGACUUUCUAAUAUUUGGGCACGAAACAUGUGACGGUUCACUCGUUCCAGAAGUGUGGAAGCGGUUAGACCCCGAACAAGUGCCAACAUUGGUAUUCCAGAUGUUCGGAGACACUACUUACGUGGAUUGGAGAGAUUUCCUGAUUUACUGUGCAAAUUUAAGAUUUCCAUCUGUAGAAGAACUACUCUAUUUGCGCCAUGAAUUCCGUUGUAUUGAUCAGGAUUCGACAGAGCUUAUCGAAAAAGAAGGUUUCACUGCGACAGAACUAUGGUUCGAACGAGACUUUGACACACAAGACCCAUGUGAGCAACUGAGAAAGAACCUAAUCAAAGAGUUUCUAUUUAGCCUUUAUGAAACCUCAAAAGAUACGAUGAAUUAUCCAGCACUUCUGUUAGCUUUAUGCAAAAGUCCUGAUCCAAUUGAGGGUUUCGCUGCAGCUCUAUCUGUAGCAGUUGGAAAAAAGGUUUGUCACUCGUAUGCAGAAUGCAAAGAAAUCGUUUGCCAUUUAAUUAAAGAUAAAAAAUAUCGAGAUGCUUGUCGCGCAUGCGCUCUAGAAUGCACCAAUCAUCUUCUAGAUAAAGUUAUUGCCAAUGUAAUUGAUACAUGCGUGGGCACUACUAUAAUAGAGUUGCAGUAUGAACCUGUAGUUGAAAGUAAGAAAGGUAAAAAAGGAGGAAAGGGAGAAAAGGAGAAGGGAUCGGCCUCAAAAUUAAAGAAAGGUGAACAAAGUACGUCACAAAGCGCUCGUAUGUCCAAAGAAAAUAACCUAAACAUAGCGAGUAAAACCAAAGUGCAAUCGGCGGUUGAAGUGCGAAGCACGUACAUAUGUCCACCUUGUCAAGUGGAUGAAAUCGCGGUCGAGAAACCACAGGAAUUAGAAGUCGAAGAGGAACAGAAGGUAGAGUUGCCUGAGGAAGAUCCUAAGAUAGCCUACGCCGUGAGUCAGAAAGUGAUUUGGAAUGUGCUAGAGAUUUGUUUGCCUUGGCACUUCUCUCUACUUCCUGAAGAAAAGGUAACUCCAUACAAGGAUCAAGUGCAGGAAAUCUUGGAGCGGCUCGAAGUGGAGACGGACAAUGGAGACAUCUAUGUCAUCCAUUUUCUCAAAGAACCGGUCAUUUGCAAAUUACUGCAUAAAGCGAAAAAAUUCACAGCUCUGAGUUUGCUGGGAGAAGUGCGUAAAAUAGUAUUGUAAUACAAUUAUAAUUUUCAGAGGUAAGUCGGUAAAUAGGU